CUGGCAGAGUAGUAAAACUGACCCACCUGAGCCGCUGCGUCGUCCUCUUAAGGUAUAUAAGGGCUGCCAAGGAAGGAAGGCGGUUAGACGGUGACAAGCAGAGGAACUAACGGCAUUGCUGGUUGGAAAAGAAAGAAGAAAAGGUCACAAUGAACAGCAUCUACUCCUUGGCUGGCAUCCUUCUGGUCCUCAGCUUUGUCCAGAGCAGCUGGCAGGUUCCUCUGAAUGAUGACAGCUCAAGUCUUGAGGCAGACGACACAUUAGCUGACGAGCCCAGGGAGCUGUCAAACGCGAAAAGACACUCGGAAGGAACUUUCUCGAACGACUACAGCAAAUAUCUGGAGGACAGGAAGGCUCAGGACUUUGUUCGGUGGCUGAUGAACAACAAGAGGAGUGGUGCUGUAGAAAAGCGCCACGCCGACGGCACCUUCACCAGCGAUGUCAGCUCCUACCUCACGGACCAGGCAAUCAAAGACUUCGUUGCCAGGCUCAAGUCUGGACAAGUCCGAAGAGAAUCUGAAAUGGACAGGCGGGGUGAGGCGUUCAGCAGGAGGCACGUAGAUGGAAGCUUCACCAGCGAUGUGAACAAGGUGCUGGACUCUAUGGCUGCCAAGGAAUAUUUACUCUGGGUCAUGACCUCCAAGCCUUCAGGGGAAAGUAAGAAAAGACAACAGGACCAGUGAGAGCCUCAGGGACUCCCUCUGUGUGCUGCACACUAAAGCCAUAUACAGGAGGAACAGGAAGCCAUACUGCUUUGCAUGCUGUAAUGUUGUCGACGUUAUCUAUUUAAUUUUGUAAGUUUUUUACUUCAUUGUGAAUGUAAUGCAAAGAUACAAAGCUACUACUCUUCCACAGAUUGUAUGGUGCACCAGAGAUGAUAUGAAAUUGAAGGCAUGUUAUUUUCUACAAAUUUAAAUUAUUUUCUAUAUUUUUAAGGGGAAAAAAUGAACACAAAAAAGUUUAAUCUCAGGUAGGCCUAUAGAAAGCACAUGCAGUGUAGUUGAUUGUCAUUGUAUGUUAUUGUGCUCUGCAAAAUAAAGUUUUCAUUCACUGUG